CUCGGUGUAACACGAUACCCAAGCGCUGAGUCAAACCACGGCUUACAUUCGUAGAAAACACGCUUCGAAACCGAGGUUUCUUCUACAAUCAUGGCUAAUUUUCGCCAUUCGGGGGUAAAUUUAGAGCCAGAGAAAAAAGGUUUUUAUGUUUUGAAUCGAGGUUCACUGGCGCAGAACAAUUCCACACCAAGUUCGUUUGUGAGUCGACAAAUAAAUUCGCCUCAGAUCCAAGGAAGAUUCCAGUCAUUUCCGGGUAAUUUGCCCCAAAUUACGGAAACCUUUUCCACCAGUCAAGUUCCUCAGGGACAUUUCAUAUUUAUUCCUGCUGAAGACGCGAAUAUUCCGUCGACUUCGGAGGUAUAUGGUGAUAUUUCACAGGGUGCUAAUUUAAACACCCCAACUCAGAAACGCUGGAGUGGCGAGGAAACCAAAAGGCUUUUAAGAGCGUACAAGGAACUUCAUAAGAGCUUAUUCGCUACUAAAAGCAGUAGAGCUAAGAAGGUGAUCUGGGAGGAAAUUCACAAAAGGUUUUGCAGGUAUUGUAUCAAUGCUAAUUUUGAGUGUAACAAGACCGUCGCUCAAGCAAAAGAGAAAUGUCGUUCUCUUAUUGAUAAGUACAAAACAAUCCUUGACAAUAACAAGACUGGGAGUGACAAUUUCGAGUUUUUUAACAUUAUUGAUGAAUGUUUUAACGCUCCGGAUCCACCUGAAGUUAAGAACGAUGAAAGUGUUAAGGAAAACAAAAGUAAAAGCGGCGAGGGAGAAGAAAAUUCAGAACUUGAAUCAGAAGACGAAACCGAGGAUCAGGACCAAGACAGGGUUGUGUCGAAUUGCCUGCAAUCGCCAUCAAAUUGCAUGCAAUUUUCACAAGAUUGUUUGCAAACCGCACCAGUUUUGCACGGAGAUUCGCCUUAUCCUGUAAUGCUGGAUAAAAACGUAUGUCCUGUUGUUGUAAAUAAUACCCCAGAUACUCAAGAACGGACAGCUCCGAGUGAAAACAGGACUCAAGAUAGCGUCGAGGAGCCCGCGAGGAAGAGAAUGAGGCCCGAGGAAAACAACCCAGGCGUUCUCUCAAGCGUCGAGGCCGCCUUAGUAGGAAUGCUAGACGCACAGCAAAAAGCGUUUGAGCGAAUGGAGAGUAAGGACGAUAAAAUGCUAAAAAUGAUGGAGACGAUGGUGAAGCUUUAUGCCGAGGGGGAGAAAAGACACCAAGAGUUUAUGGUUAGUGUACUGGAUAAGAUACACGGUAUAUUCACGGCUAAACAAUGACAAAUGGUCCGCAAAGGCUGAUUAGAGAGAACCACUCCCUCUCUCCCUCCUCCCCUCCACUUUAAAAAAAAGAUAAAUAGGCAGCUCGUUCACUCCUAAAAAAAACUCCUGCAGGGGCUACCUCGUUGGCGGUGGACAGGGAAAAGGGCGAGCCCCUCCCCCCCCUUUUUUCUGAGUGAAGGUGUUUUAUUAUUUGUUUAUUUUUGUACACAUACGCGGGGUUUUCAUGCGCAUACAGUAAAUAUGUAUCCAGCGUUACAUGUAUAAAUUUAUUGCUUGAUAAAAGACGCUAUUAUACAUUUUUUUAACUGUUUAUAUUUAUUAUAAAUGAGAGGUGAAACCACCAUUCCUCCUUCCUUUUUACUAGCCUACUUGUAGGCUUCGAUAGUUUUUCCGGCACGAAAACCCCGAAAACACGAAGUUCGCAUACCAUGGUCGCCAUCUUGGAUAACGUGAUCCCGCAGGGGGAGGGGGGGAAAAAUGCCGGAAAAACUAUCAAAGCCUACAAGUAGGCUACCUUCUUACACACUUUUUGGACCACUCCGCCGCCCCUGUAGCUGUUGGUUUUCCUCAAUUUUUAAUGGAAUGUCUUUGUGCCUUUUAACAUGGGAUUGCAGGUCUUUUUUAAAAUGGGGUUGGGGGGGGGGGGGGAGGUGGUUACCGACUUGUCAUGUAUCAAAUGGUCCCUCGUAUGUUAAAUGAGCAGAGGGACUCCUUGCACCCUCGCCACUCAAUAACCAUUCCGUAAACGCAGUGAUAGAAUUGAUCCCGGGGGUAGAUUUCAUGGUGGCUACGCAUUUGGUGUCACGUGUUAUACCGGCAUUGUCACGAGUUUACUUUUGGAGGGCCGACGGAAACCUCCCGACAAAAGACAUACGAAUCUAUCAGAAUCCGCGCUAUUUUAAAACAGUUCAUCCGCUUUAAGUUAUUAUUCACACCCUCAAAGAAUCUUCUAAGACACACUACGGCAUUUAUAAUUUUGGAAGUAUUUUUCGCGUUUUCCGUAAUCAUCGGGGAUUGUCACGUAAUAUGUAGUUCCAGAAAAUAUCCAUACCCCCCUAUUGAGGGGUCGGAGUUAGGACCCCCCACCACUGUGGAAUUUCCAACCCCCUGGAAAUCAAAAAUACAGUAACUGUAAGGAAACAAGGAAAAAGGGCAUUUUACCCCACCCUCCCCUCUGGAAAUUCCUGGGCGUUUGAUACCCCCCCCCCCCCCGGAAUUUUCAAUCCCCUCAAUGGGUGGAGGGGGUUAUGGAUAUUUUGUGGAACUACACAAUCGACUAAUAAAACUUGUGACAAUGCGCAUUAAGGCACUUGAUCAUUAGAGAAGAUCAUAUCAGACAACCUUUUUAGCUCAGCAUUUAUUUCCAUCAGCAGAUCAAGCGACAUUGUCAAUAUCAUACUUAAAUUUUGGACGCCUGCUAUUUUUGUCUUAGAAUGGUCAUUAUCUGAGAUGUAGUGCAUGGCGGUCAGCGGCAAAGCUAUGGAUUCCUGGGGAUUUAUUAGAUGAAUAGUGGCUUAACCGAAUUCAAUACGAAUUAUGACGUUACAAACAUAACGUCACACCUCCCUCUCGGGUCCAUGGGGUCAUACGCUUGUUGCCACAUCCGCUUUUAGCUGGUCAUAAUUGGGCAGAGGUAAGGCAUGACAGUCUCGUCAUACCUCCCUUUCAGGCCCAUGACGUCAUACCCUGGUAGCCACACCCGUUUUUAACUGGUCAUAAUUCGGCAGAGAAAGAUCCCGGCAGUUCGGUCGCUGGUUGUAUUUUCCGUUCCUCCGAUGAUACGAUGCUUUAUUAUCCCAAUCAACGCUUGGACUACGCUUCCUACCAGAUUUGGUUUUAAGUAAGGCCUCCUGAGUGUGUGAAUUAUAACUUACACUGAAUUCCUCGCGUCCACCUUCUCCAAUAAAAUGUCCACAGCAUAGAGACUUUUUGAAGCCUUGGCGAUAAUUUUGGCUGAAGAUAGCGUAGAUGCAAGGGCUGACGGCAGAGUGGGAGCGCAUUAGAAACAUAAGAAUAAAAUUCAAGUCCACAGAGAUUUCCACACCGGAGUAGUCCCAUAGAAAAGUGGCAACUUGCACAGGGAGCCAGCACAAGACGAAACAUACAACCACUGUAAUAAGCAUCUUUACAACCUGGAAGAGAAACGCAAUGAAACAUAUAAGCCUUGCCAUGCGACGCACGCUACCGUGGCCACUUUGACAGUUUUUUGACAGUAGGCCAAAAGGAUGAUUGAACGUGAUAUCUGAUUGAUUUGAUUAUCAUAUAGCAUAGCAGAACACAAUAAAAUCUUCUAAGUUUUAAAGCUCUUCACAAACAAAGCAUUUAUUAAUCUGGCAUGCUCAUUUGCCAACUUACUUAAAACUCUAUCUGAUGCCCACGGUAGCGCGAGUCGCAGUUUAAUUGUUCGGCUGCCACAAUCAUCCCCUCUAUUUUUAUUGAGAUUUGUAUAAACACAAAUCAUUUUUUGCCCCGCCUAUGUGAAAAUCCGUCUAUUUUUUUUUUUAUCUAAGUGACCUGGACAAAACAUCGCGCGUUCGUCAUUCAAAGUCCUUUAAUAAAGGCCAAUGACGACGCCAUUUUAUGCUCCUGCUCAAUGCCGAGUCACACAAAACAUCCAUUUCCAUCGGCUAAUUCAAGCGAGUAACUUCGAGUAAAGAAGUUGCAAAUAAACCGCACAUAUAAGCAUGCAAAUAAAGGAAGUAGGGCAAAGUUAGUCGGGGACUCUUUUUGAAAUGGUUUGUAUACGAUUCUCACUUUUGAGGUUAAGCUUCGAUGACGGCUUGCUCAAGACACGUUAUUAAUGCACCGAGAGCCUUGUGAGUCUGAUGGGCGGGCGAUUGUACAUCUGCUUUAAAUGCAUUGAAUACGGCUCAUGGAUAAUACGACGUUUGAACCUAAACGUACCAUCAAAUGCUGGAGUUUCUGGUAUUACCUUUUUCCGUGACUCCAGAGCUUUUUUGCUCUUUUCGAUGUCCUGUUCACCCGGUAUUUUCCUCAUCCAAAGCUGCCUGCAAAUCACCGAGUACAUCACCGACAUAACCACAAAUGGUACACAGUACGCAACGGCGAAUAGAAAUAUCGUGUAAACUCUACUAGCUCUCGUAGUAUCAAACGCCGGCGACCAGUCCUCGUCACAGUAAAGCAUGCCUGAGAACUCUUUGAUCCGGUACGCAUAUAAAAUAGGCGCGGCCAGGCCUGCAGCCACGAGCCAAAUAACAACCAUCAAUGAACGAUAGACUUUCUUCGUAAACAGUCUCUUCAUCGGCAUUGUUAUCGCGAAGAAUCGAUCCGUUGCUAUGGUAGCGAGCGUUAGGACUGACACAGGGACUAGGAGGUACUGUCCGAAGUGGACCACUUGGCAGAAGUAUAUCGCUCGUCCGGAGUAUCUGAAUGGCCAUUCGUAGCUUCCAUAAAUCACGAUGAACGUUGGCGGGAUGACGAGGACCAUGUAGAGCAAAUCAGCAAUUGCCAUGUUAACUAUCAAGUAAUUCGUCGCUGUUUGCAUUCGUUGGUUGGUCCAGACGGUGUGCACGACUAAGAAAUUCCCUACAAUUGCUACCAUAGCAACUAUUGCCACGGCAACAGACUUGCAUAUUAAUGAACUUUGGCUCUCCGGUGUGAAGAAAAAGUCGUCUGUUUGAUCCAGUGUUGUGUUAUUUUGCAUUUUGGAGUUGCGCAAUGGCUGACUGGUGUUAUGAUGAUGGACAGGUGUUAGCUAGCUGGUCUAUGUUCCUUGAACUGAAAGUGAGAAAAAAAAUGUUAAACACGAGGUUCUGCUA